GGCACGAUUUCAAAACUGCAUAGAGUAGGGCGUUCUAAUAACAAAAUCAAUGCUUUCAAAUGGUCCUAUCAUGUAAUUAAAUUGACGUUUCGGUUCCUACAGUCUCCUGAAAGAAGCUUAUGUCUCAGCCAACUUCCAUUAGGUAGGAAAAGAUGCAUUUUUCAGGCAUAUCACACGAUUUUUGUCUGUAUAUACAAUUUGAUCGCCGCUCAAUGUUCAAUAAAGCAGACAAGUCACAUUAUUGAUUACUGUCGAAGUUGCUCCACUGAGAACUCUUGA